CCCCAAGAGGACAGUUUAGGACCCCCUGCUGCGAAGAAGGCCAAGGUCACCAAACGCAAGUCCACCAAGUGGGACCCCGACUACGUGACCCAAAACACCAAAUCUCCUCUGGUCGACGUGGAUUUACGGUCUCUUCUCCUCCAGCCUGCCGCCUGGGACUGCCUCACAGGCGAGGACAAGAAGGAAAUCCUCGCCCUGUUUCCAGACGAGACACACAUCCUUCACGCUGGCACGCCCGACGCGCGUCCCAACUUCGAAUCUCUCCGCAAUGACAACAGCUUCCGCCACGACGCCGAGGAGUACACGUCCAACCUUGCCAAGGGCAUGCACGACCCGACCUGGCUCAAGGAUGCCUGGACUGCUCACCAUAGGCGCGCGGCGGGCGACUUUGACACCUUCUACAUCCGCAAGGUCGAGAUCGAGUGGGGCGCCAGCAUCCCGGAU